AUGGUCAACAGGCCCAUCGACGUGGUGGCCAACAGCUUUGUCAACCCAUGGCUCCGUUGCACUCGCCAUCCUGGGUCAGCCUUUCCGGUGGAGCGUGACACUACUUUGAGCUACUACUGGCUGCCUGCUUUGGAAGCUCAUGAAGCUCGGUCCUUUAAGAUAGCAGGACGGGAUGAUGACGAUACCGCGGAGUGCUUUUUCGGCCCUCUGAAAGAUCAUUACUGGAUCUUGUCUAGUCCAAACUGCAUGACUACCCAUAUCAAUACUGGCUUAGCAAGAAUGAUGCGAGCGUCAUUGGGAAUUUGCAGGUGGGAUGGUACCUCAGCCAGAAGCCACCCACAGUGCAACCCUGGCUGUGAGGUGGUAUUCGCCCCCAGUCUGAUGACCGACCAGCAAGAAGUCAGAACACGUGAUUCUGGAAGAGUCAUGCUGAAGCUUCAAGCCGAUGACAACCGGGCUACGGAAGUCAUAUUCUCAAGGAAUCGAUUCUGGAUUCUUCAACGCCAAAGCAUAAGACAGUGGUCAAAAGCGGUGACCAAACUGACCACCUUUACAGAAACGGUAAAUUCGGUAAAUGGUGCUUGGACUGAAGACAGUUAUCAAGUUGUCAAACUCAUUGGCGUUCGGACAAGGAGCUCUGGCGCAAAUCAGCUUGCGCUCUGGCGCUAG